AUCACACACAGAAAUACAAUUUCCCUGUGUUCCUGAACAUUUUGUUGAUCGACUACAAAAUGGCAGAAGUUGGAAAAGAAUGGUUAUUCUUUCUGUCCGUUACAGUCUUAUUUCUGACGGUAUUUUACUUUGAUAAAGAUUUGAAACAUUUGCUAAGAUAUGGCAUAUCUAGUCUGAUAGCGCUAGGUUUCCUUACGUUGGUUAUUAACUUUGUUCGGGGCAGACUAAAGCCAUGUUUGGAGCAUUCAACAAGUAAAUCAAAGCCAGAAUCAAACCAAGAGUUAUUAAAGGAAAAACAGAGAAAUGCGAGACAGAAAAUACAAGAUGAUCAUAUUGUUAAGAGCUUAGCAUAUGAGGAGAGAAUUCUCAAACCGAGAGAGGAAGCCAGAAGAAUAAAGAAGGAUAAACAGUUCUUCGAGUUUAUGGGACCAGCUUGGAAAGGGAAAGGAGAUAAGUUGGGAUGUCAGGAGGAAAUUCAAGAUAGUGAAAAGCCUCAUAAAGGAAAAAAAGAUGGCAGCAGCAGAGAUGCAGCUUGUGUUCGAAGGUUGCCUGAUCACAUUGAGAACCCCCCUACACCUCCUCAACAACCCAAACCUAAAACUAUAAGAAAAAUUGUUUUACCAGAUGAGCCAGAAGUAGGGGCCCCAGGAAGUGUCAACAUAGCUUUUAGGACACCAUUUGGACGGGUCUUUAAACGGCGCUUCUUGUACAGUGAAAAAAUACAAAUAUUAUUGGAUUUCAUGGCAACCCUUGGUUUCCCUGAGAGGGUCUAUAUGUUAAGCAGCUCAUACCCAAGACAUUGCAUAUCAAGUGACCCAGAUAAAACUGUCUUAGAACUAGAGCUAACCAAGGACUUGGCUUUAAACAUAGAUGAAAGAGAUGACUAGUAAUGGAAAGAUUAAGUUGAAGGGCCAACUAUUUAAACAGCUGUUACCAAUAAGAAUCACAUACAUGUACUUUGACUUUCUGCUUGAGAAUGAUGCAAUUGGCUGAACCUUUGAUAUCUUUUGGGGACUGUCACAUGGGAAAGUCCAUGUGACAUCAUGAAUCAUGUGAUUGACAACCUGGAUAGACAGGUAAACUUAAUAGAGAGGUUAAGUUACACGUUCAAUUGCAAACCGUGAACGCUCAAGUACACGUUUAAGAAAAUUUUCUGUUAAGCUACACGUCUGAAACCAUGUCAGUGGACGUGAAGAUUUAUGUGGUGACAGUCACUAAGGGUCAUGGCUCUAUGGUGUAAUGGUUAGCACUUAGAUCUCAUAUCCGUCAGGACUGGGCUUAAAUCCAGUCAGUAGAAUACAUUUUUGUCUUUUAUUUUUACUUUAUUUCAUAUUGAACCAAAAUUCAAUUACUUUAGUAUCACUUUUUGCUCAUAUCAAGGGCGGCAGUAAUAAGAAAGAAAAUGCCUCAUUCGCAAAUCAAAUGUACUGAUAAUACAAUAGUAGGCCCUGGUUGUCAUUUCAUUCUGUUUAGUAUAUAUACUGU